UUUGCACAGUGUUGCUAUCUGAUCAGCAGAUCUUUGCCAAACAUUUCUAGUUCUGAUCAAAGAAUCAGUUUUUUUAUUAUUUUUGCUUUCGCCUAUAAUUGUCGAAGUCUACUUUGAUGUCGCCAGUGUAGUUCACAUUGAGAAUUGAGAUACCUUUCUGUGUGUGACAAUAUUUCGACUUAACCACAGAACAAUGAAGGUCUUCCUACUAAUUUCGUUAAUUACUUCUGCGUUCGCUGACAAGAGAUGUCGUGGAAUUGAUUUUGACCAAAAAUAUUUCAACCUUGAUAUUAUCAAAGAAGGUAUAAACCAUCUACAUGACAUAGCUUUAAAUAGAAAUGACAAUAAUGUUUAUUUCACAUACGAAACUUUGUCUGAGGUACCUUCAAAAGUCUUGGGCUAUCUGGACAUUGUUACAAAGAAAGCAGACGUCAUACAUGGUAUUCGUAAUGCAACUGCUGUUACUAUAGACCAAUUCUAUGGGAAAGUAUACGUAGGAGGUGCUGAUGGUCUUUUUAAAAUAAAUGAUCAAAAGUUAGUAGAGAGACUUCCAAUACAAGAUGAUAUAAGAAGUCUAUAUUAUAGAGACGCGUUAUACUUUACAAAUUCGAACAGAGAAGCAUACAAGUUUGAAGAUGGAUAUGCCACUUUAGUUCAAGAGCUGCGUGGAGUAAAAGUUGAUAAAUUCGUUAUAGACAAUGACGAUAAUAUAUUUUUCACUACAGAUAAGAAGUUGUUUAGAGUUAAAUUAGGAACAAGAGCUAUUAACUCACAUGAAAUGUACACAGUUGAUUAUUUAACCACCGACAUAUAUCAUAAGCCGUACAUUUGCACAAGUAAAGGAGUAUACAUGUAUAACAAAUACAAAUAUGUUUAUGACAAGGUAUCUAAUACAGCUGGAUUAAAGGGUUUGACGUUUAACAAAGGAAAUGAACCGCUUUACGCGGUAGCUGAUUACUUAGUUAAAUUAAAAUUAACUGAAAUACCUUGUUUCGAAGAUUAAAGUUCGUAUACAAGAUAUUAAUUUUAAAGUAAUUUUUAUGUACUAACAACAUUUAUCUCUUAAGUUAUCACUUAUAAGAGAAUGUCUUUUAGUUGUAAAAGAUAAAAAUUAUUAAUUUUAAUUUUUUUAUUGUGAGUUGGAUAGGCAAGAAAAAACUACAAGAAAUGCAAACAAUACUUGAUGUAUAAAAUAGCAUCAUCUCAUUUAUGUAAAUAUAUAGAAUCUUUAAAGAAUCACAAAAUCAAGUACUUAUUGAUUAAGUCAGACUGUAAAUAGUUAAUUAAGUCUCAAUAUUAUUUUAUUAUUCCCGUAAAAUUAGUUACUUUGUGUGUCAAGUUUUUUCUGUGUAUUUAAAAUAAUAUGUUUUUUUAUCCUAAUUUACCAUUAA